GUUGUGUGGUGCAACAAAUAAAAGUUAGAGAGAGAAACACAAGAUAGAGAGAGACAGAGAGAGUUAAAGCAAAAAAAAUUUCUUGGGGGUUGCAGUAUCUAGGAGGUUUGCACACUCUCUCUCUCUCUCUCUACAAAAAAAAAAAAAAAAUCAGACCUGAUAGAUCAUAUCUUCCUAUCUAUCUGCACUGGGUCUAAGCCCUUACCAUCAAAUUUCUCUCUCCCUCUCUCUCGUUUUUUGCAUCUAUCAAUCUCUUUUUAUCUUUCGGCGAUGAGGAUCAGGAAACGUUUUCCAUCCUCUUCUUUCUGUUCAUUGUCUCUCACAGAUCCCCAACUCAACCGGCCGUCACCGGUGGUGCAACAACACACACAAGGUAGCGUACAAACUGCAUACCCAGAUGGAAAUCUUUGUGUACAACAAGGUAACAUUAAUUCUCAGCCGUCCGAUCCUCCUAAUCAGCCUCUCCCACCGUCACGGCUGAUGAUCGGAAGUGGAUGGUCCAGAUGGCCUUCCUACCAGGAGGUGAAGCAACAGGUGGACAUGGAAGGUAGCGAAGAGGUUAGUAAACAAGAGACAUGGGGAGAGGAAGAGAAAAGUACUAAUGAUACCAGGAAAGAAAGCAUCUUAGGUGCAGAAGUAGGUACUCAGAUUCUGCCACCAUCUGCGAAUUCUUCUCAUCAAGAAGUUGGGAGGUGGUAUGAAGGAGAUAAAGUUGUUCCAUUGAAGAAGAGAAGAGGAAGCUUCGAGAGAAGAGGAAGCGAAGAGAUCACCAUACCGGAGAAAGAAAAGAAGAUGAAGGCGAAAAUGAAGUCGAAGACCAACAAGAAAUGUGUGCAAUUACAAAAUGGUAGCGAUGAUGAAUAUGAAGGUUAUAAAGAAGCCAAAGAGGGCAUUAAUAAUAAUAAGACUAGUAGUGCCAAAAAGAGUAAGAGAGGUAGUGUUAUAAUGGAAGGUUCUCGGUGCAGUCGUGUUAAUGGGAGGGGAUGGAGGUGUUGCCAACAAACCCUCGUAGGGUACUCUCUGUGUGAACAUCACUUGGGUAAAGGAAGACUUCGAAGCAUUAAUGGUACCACUAGUGUUCGAAGCCGUGCCAUGCCCAAGACUACUGAUUUUGUUGUGCCAAAGAAGGUCCAGUCGAUAUCAUCCGUGAUGGAAUACAUUAAUGAUGAUGAUGAGGAGGACGACGAAGACGAUGACGAUGACGAUGGAAAUGAGAAGAAGCCAUUGAUGAUGACAAAUAAGAAGAAGAAGAUGAAGCUUGGUAUGGUGAAAGCUAGAUCCAUGAGUAGUUUACUGGGGCAAACAAACAAUGUGGUUGUAGUGGCUGAUAACAACAAAAACAACCGCCUAUGAAGACAAAUGAAUGGUUAUUUCAUGUACUUGAAUGAAGGCAUGCAACAUUAAUCAAUGUUUGAUGUUGUGUUACACCUGGUGCGGUGCAACUAUAUACUGUCAUGCGUGCUUUAUAUAUAUAUAUAUAUAUAUAUAUGAUUCUGAGUGAAGAACAUAUGCUUAAUGAAUAUUGUACUUAUUUUUCAAUUUGUUUUGUUUAAUUUUGACUUUUUGCUCUAUAUUUUGUGCUUAAUACUGUUUUAAUGAGCUAGUGAUGGGUUUAUGCGCCCUCCGAUUCGGUUUCACACA